AUAACUAAAAUGGCGACCUAGCAAUCACAAGCUACGUACAAGUUGCAGUCUCAGCUGUACAUUUACUAUUGAACCAAUGCUCAGUCUGGAAAUUAUGCUGGACGUUUUUUUAGUACAUAGACUGUAUAAGAAUGUGAUUUAAGUACAUUAUACUUAUAAAAUAAAGGAAAAUAGACCCUCUCAUUUUUAAUCGACUGUCUGUCUUUUUCUUAGUUGCUCUGCGUCACAUGACGGCGCUGCCCAAUCUAAAGCGGAGAUGUCUUGCGGUCGUCAUGGCGACGGCCGAGGGGACUCAGCUGACGGAUGCUGAGUGAAUGAGUGAUUCCUGGCCGGUAGGCAGAGCAGUGCUCUGGUGGUGGAGAGAAGAGAAUGGAAUGAGACGAGUUACCCCAAGGAGGUUACAGGAUUUUUCCCCUGUCCCAGUGGAGCUUACAGUCUAAGGUCCCUAUGACAUAUACAGAAGCCAACUAACAAGUCUAUAGGAGUAAACCCACACAGACACAGAGAGAACAUACAAAUUCCUUGGAGACAGUGCCCAUACUGGAAUCAAACUCAGAACCCCUCUGCCAGGAAUAAGUGCUACUCACAGAGACACCAUGCUGUACAUGAUUAGAUUUCCUGAUUGUCUGUAACGGAACAGAAAUAUGACACUGAUUAAAGGUUCCUUUAAGUACUCUAGUGGGGAAGAAUAUCAUGGAGAGUGGAAAGAAGGCCGGAGGCACGGAAUUGGUCAGUUGUUAUUUGCUGAUGGAAGCAUCUACGUCGGUCAGUUUGAAAAUGGACUUUUUAGCGGAUGUGGCGUUCUGACUUUUCCAGAUGGCUCAAGGUACGAAGGGGAGUUUGUUCAAGGAAAAUUUCAAGGCACUGGUGUUUUCACCCGCUACGAUAACAUGAAAUUUGAGGGAGAAUUUAAAGGGGGUCGGGUUGAAGGUUAUGGUCUGUUGACAUAUUCUGAUGGUUCCCAUGGGAUCCCAAGAAAUGAAGGCUUGUUUGAGAACAACAAACUAGUAAAGAGAGAAAAAUGUCAAACAGCAAUCCAGAGGGCUUUAAGUGCCUCGAAAGCUGCCUGCUCUAUUGCAGUGAACCAAGCGUAAUGGAAGCAUAUCAUCAUUUAUUUCACUCGCUUCUUCCUUUGUUUGGCUUGUUUACACUGUUUCCUGAACAGCCAAGAUCAUAACUUAUUCUCCAUAACACUGGAAAAGCUGUCAGGAGAAUGGAAAUGGUUUGCCUAAUGUUACAGACCGAGCUACAUUACAGCUCCACUCAAGUGCAAUGGAACUCAGACAGUGCCUCUUACUGAAAAGCUGACUUGUGCACCAGCAACGUAGGAAAUCAGAAGACCGCUUCUCAAGAAAUGGGCAAAGAGUGAGUCAAUUCACCGCUUUGUCCAUAUUUCAGAAGUUAGUACUUGCAAUCAGAAUUAAGAAACACUGAAGUUAUUUAAAUGCAUGGAAAUCAUGGUUUCUUAUAUACAGUACAGUACUGUUCAUCAUGUUUUCUAAUAUACAGUACAGUACUGUUCCACAAAGUGAAUGCUUUAUCCACUCAGUCAUUUGUUAUGUUUAAUGCUUAAGCCUUAACUUGCAUAUUACUUCUAAGGAAAAGGAUAGUCCUAGUUUCUAAACCUCUAGUAAAAUGCAGGUACAUUUUGAGAGGAACGGAGUACUUCAAUGUUUUUUCUGAUAGUAAUUAUUACUACGGAAGGGGAUCCCAAAAGUACCUGAAAUAAAAUAAAAAUCUGAAUGCUGUCAACCAGCCCCAUGUCAUGAGGGAGAUAAUUAUCAACUCCAUGCCUUUUUUUAAAACCUUAUUUCAUGUUAUCAUUUUAAUGUGAAGAGGAAUUCCUUCCUAAAAAAACAGGACUGGAUCUUUAUCUCUCUCUUCACGCAUGAGGUUGGUUGACAGCUCUGCACAACACAAAUCCUCUAACCAGCAUAGUCUGGCUGUUGUAGGAAUAAAGGUGGCCGAUUGGACCAUUGAUCCCCUCGUCGAUCCGCCAUAAACGCACCGAAUAUUGUAUGAAAUGAGGUUUCUUAUGAUAAUAUCGGUGCGUGUAUGGCCAGCUUUAGGGGUAAAAUAUUACUUCCCUUCCCCAGAAGCCCAUUCUGAAUUGGGGAAUUGCAAUUAGUCAGGAAUCAGAUUGAUUGUGAGGUUAAUUUAAUUAUUGCCUUUCUCUUCAGACCUACCCUUCUUCCAAGUUUAAUUUACACCAUACUCUGGUUGUCAAAGAAGAUGACAUUAGUAACCAUUAAAAUGCCAACUGAACAGCUUAAAAAAGAUCCUAUAAAAACAGAAAAAAAUAAAUUAAAUGGCCACUUCUACAUCUACACAUGCAUUGAAUUUUCUGGCAGAUUCAUUGAUUUCUGACCUAACUGCUUGAUUAAUGCAUAUGGCCAUUUAAAGUAAUCAGUUUGGCAGAUCAGGCCCUGAUUGCAGGCAGAAAUGCAUGAUUAACACUUCUGCCAAGUGAUCAGUCAGUCAGAGAGCAGCACAAUUUGUCUAAAUGUGUAGCUAGCUAGCACCGUUACCUGCUAAUCAUCUUCUAAUAAAAGAAUAGAUAUUAGUGUCCCUCUCCCAUGUGUUACCAGCUUUGUCUUCCUGCCCAGAAGAACUUAACUACCAAUAGAUUUACAAAACGCUGUCACAGCUGAUCAGUAAAGGGGAUCUAUAGUCAAAAUGCGUGUACCAAUUUUGCUACUUAGGGGCACUUUUGUCACUUCUUAAUAUCUCAUAGGCUGCUGUUUUGCUCAGUAGAAAGGAGCGUUGAUUACUCUCUCUAGUGAGGAAAUCUGAGAAUCUCCUUGUUUAACCUGUUAGAAAGAAGAUUGUAUUUUAGUUUACAAUGGUAUGGAAUAAGUAAAUGAAUAUUACAAAGUGUUUUGUCUUGCUCUUUAGUAGCAAAAUUGGCACAGCUUUAUUAACUAAAGAUCCCCUUAAAAUAACCUUGCUUUUUUUAUUAAUACAUAUAUGGGAAGCAAUAUUUCUUGCACUGCUCCAAACAAUCUCUGUACAGUAUAAAUAAGCAGGCUCUUUUACCACUGGUAGAAGUGCAAGUGCUGGAAUGCUAAGGGCUACAAAAUUGCACCAUUUGGGGCCCAAACACAGAGUACUCUUGCCUAUACCAAUGGUAGGUGCAAGCUGCUAUCACUUCAAACAGGUAUGAAAGAACUCUGUACAUAAUUCCUGCAUUAUACAGAGCUCUUUUGGGCCUAGUAUUCUCUAGUGCUCCUGUCUUUCAUACACACGGAAUGACACAAAAUAAUGGAACACCAGUGUAACCCAGUGUGCUGCAUACUGUAUAUAAUAGUUGCCACAUCUGUAUACAUUAACAGCUCCAUUCUGUAAGAUGAAAGUCUAUAGGCUGUCUGUACAGAUCCCUGGGGUGUACUGCAAACUUUAUUCCCCCAUACGGAAACUAGUGAUUACUUGAGGUUUAUGACUAGUUGAAUGUAUUUGUAUAUAUUCUCCACUUUGCCUCAUUAUGAACAGCCAAUCAGAUUGCAAUGAUAUAAUCCGUUAUGUUCAGUGUCCAGACUUGUAGGAAAUUGUACUGUGCCUUAAGGCAGUUCAUCUCAGCAAUAUAAAAUACUUUCUAAAAUCAAAGAAUUUAAUUUAAGAAAUCCAGCUUGAAAUGUUAUGGGUCACUAUACAAAAAGCAGUGUGUAAAUUGCAAAAGACAGGCACUAAGCACAUUUUCUGCAUUUUUCACACUUCCCUCCCUGACCUAUACGAAUGUGGUGUAAAAUACCCUGUACUGGGAAAGCUACACAUAAAUAUAUAACAUUUAAAUAUCAUGGCACACUGAUUGUGCUGCUCAGCAAAAAACACUUUCCCAGCCUGCUGCCACUUUCCAUUCAGAUGAAUAGGAAACACUUUUCCUAUGGUAGACACUGGAUCAGGCUUUAUGCCUGCAUAGAUCUGGCCUUAACUAGCACCUAUACUAUGGGGCAUAUUUGUCAAAGCUGAAAAAACAACGCUGUGCAGUAUAAAUCCACAGUUCUAUUUACUUGUUUGUAUUUUGUCAAUUAUGCUCCUUAGUGAGGAGAGAAUCAGUGGAAUUUUGUUACGGUAGUGAUAGCAAAUAAUUGAUGAACACUAUAAAGGACAUUUAUCAAUACAGUAUUACACACUUUCUUAUUAAGAUAUUACAGGGUUUUAGAAAAUACUGGAAGCCACUAGGGUAUAUUUACCAUGGUGCAAUAUAUGCAGGUUAAUGAUUGAGUUUCAUUUUCUGGUUUUGCCAGCAAAAAAACGUCCUGCUCAUCAAGCUCGAAAGUUCCAUGUCCAUAAAACCUAAUGAGAAUUAUCAUUUAUGACAACAUGGUAAGAUGUUAUUCUCCAACAAAAUAUCAAGAGGUAAAAUAUUGGCAAAACAGACAUAUUGCCAUGGUAAAUGGGUGAAUUAUGUUUGCUCAGUUGACCUCGAAGCUUGGCUUUAUGACAUAAAAUGGCAAUAAUAAGUAAGUUUGGUAUAGAGUGACUGAGAACUCUGUGGAAAAUGAUUUAAGCACCUAUAGACAAAAUGACCUACAAAUGCCUAGAAGGCCCUCCUACCACCACUUGUCAGACGAUAUUUGGCCAAAAAAGCUUCCAUACACUUUUUAGGCAAGUAUCUCUUGAUAAGCACAUGUAGGAGCAUAUCAGGUAAUUGCAAUGCAAAUCUAUGGGGGCUGUUCUUUAAAGGGAGCAGUCGCCCCAUCAUGUUAAGGAAUUUUAUUUGAAUCUAUAAAAAUAAACAAGUUUCCAAAAUAAAUGCAUUAUGCAAAAAAGAUUAAUGAUUCAGCUCCCUCUGCUGGUCAGUCAAGCCAAUAAGAAGUGGGUAUACUGUACCUGGCAUUGAAUUGGAUCUGGCUGCAGAAAGAGGACAGUCUGGCAAGAGACCUGUUAGAGUUUUUAACCAUCAUAAUCAGGCAUGACUGUGCCAGGAGAAGCAACUGGAUUGCCUUUUUAACAGUAAGAAAUAAAUAAUGCAUUUACAUUGGAAAUUUGUCUAUUGAUAGGGACUCUAAUUUAAUGUAGAAUCCCUUUCCUUAAUGGGAUGUGUCUACAUUCCCUUUAAUGCUUAGUUUUUGAGAUACUUAAAAACAUGGUUCUCAAAGGGUUGAAAGCAUUACCACGUGUCAUUUUAAAGAGAAAUAUAUAGGGAAUUGAAGCAGUUUAAUUGGAUGAGUAUCUUCUAGUGAGAACAUAAAAGGGGAUCUACAUACAUAAAACAGUUGUCAAGGAUGUUGUUAAUGUGCUAAGGUCUAUUUACUGUUACAGAUACAUUACUGUCUCAAUACGGCCAAAGAAAUGCUCCAAAACUAUUGUCUAACAAUGAUGCUGCACCAAGGGAGAGGAGGGAUUUAUCUGCAAUCUGGGGGGCUGCUGUAAGAUGCCACAGACAGUCACUAUUAAUGGGGCUGGUGGGGGCUGUUUGGGCCUCUGUGUACUUAAAAUGCCAGGGCCUGUUUUGAAAGUCAGUCCGAACCUGGCCUUAUGUAAGUCACAACAGUUGCUACUGAGAAUUUCGUAUGGAAUUCCGAAAUCUUGGCCACAUUACAUUGAAUAUGGGAUGAAUAUACUGUAUUGUUACAUGAGUCAGGUAUGUUGGUUUGUAUUUACUAAAAAGGUGCUACUAUUUAUGGCCAAUGUUAUUAGUAGAUUGGUGUGUUGAAUAUGCAGUUUCUUAUAUAGGAGCUGUUAACUCUUCCAAAUCGGCACAUGUGCCAUUGCCCUGAAAGUGACCAAAAAAAGGGGAUCCUGGUUAUUCACUUUCCCUGCCUUAUGUAUUGUUGAAAACUACUUGCUAUGUCUACUGAUCAAUGCAAAGUAUCGAUUGGCUUUCAUACUGGAGUUGCUGUAACCUCAUCCUGCUCAUAGGCAGGAUAUAAUGGUCACUAUAGCUCCAGUCCAUACUUUAAUAUCUGCUCGUUCCAUGGAGGAUUGUCCACUAAAUUUGACAUCCUAGCCUAGUUACAUAACAAAAUAUAUAUCAAAAUCAUUAAGAAGUGUAUAAGUAAAGAAGUAAGACAAACCUUUAUACCGUAUAUGUAGAUAGCCAAGUUUUCACAAGAACACUUAGAAAUAGCUAAAAAAAUUAUAUCACUAAUCAGUGGACUGUCAUAGGAUAAAACGCUGAUCCACUCCUGUUACUGUGUCCAAGUUGAAUCCCUAUUUUCUCCCAGACUUAAUAGCAAAGGCUCAGUUAUAUUGAUUAAGGUGUCUGUUGGGUCCCUGUGCCAGCACUUUCCUAUUAGGGUUUCCAAACAUGUUCUUUAAGCGUUCACACUAAGCUUACAAUGUGACAGGUAUUGUGGUCAGUGUCUUUUAUGUAUUGCCUUGUCUUCACAUUUAAAUAUCUAUAUUUACUCACAGUUUAAUUCAUGUCUGGUGUACAUUUGAAGCUUCUGUAUGUAUUGAGACUUUUGUGCCUUGGCUUUCAUAUUAUGUCUAACUUGAACUAUACUUGAAAUUAAAAUACGGAUACAACAAAAGCCA